AUGGAGAUUCCUUUUUCUAAAUACCAAGGGGCCGGAAAUGACUUCGUUGCCAUUGACAACAGAGAAGACAAGAUUCGACUCGACGAUGACCAACGGAAGAAAAUGUGUGACCGCCAUUUUGGAAUUGGUGCCGAUGGACUGCUAGAGAUACGGUCAAGCGAUGUAGCUGAUUUCAAACUCGUCUACUACAACGCGGACGGGAGGGAGGGUUCGCUAUGUGGCAAUGGGUCUCGUUGUGCAGUGGCGUUUGCUCUGAGAAUUGGCAUCAGACAUAAGAAUACUAGCUCUCAAGACAGAGCCAUACCCGAGUACCAAAGUUUGUCGACAGACCAAGGUAAUAAUAGCUUUGAAACAAGCAGCAAGGAGAGUCCAAAUUUUCAACCCAGUGCAGGACCAAAUAUAGUGAAGAUUAAAAAUAGGGCCACAAAUGGGCUAGAGAAUUCUGAUGGAAAGUUAGAAAGUGAGAAUUUAAAGCUGUCGUUUCUAGCAGCCGAUGGAACUCACAUUGGCGGGGUCAAAAAACGAAACUGGACAGGGUCCAGCAGGUCUAGCUGUGUGUAUAUUGUUGAUAUGAAAGAUAUACGAUUUGAUCAAAUAAAAAUAUAUGAUGCUGAUAAUAUGUAUAUGGACAAUGGCUCGCCGCAUCAUAUAGCGUUUCUAUCUUCUCAUAUAGAAGAUAUCGAUGUGGUCAAUAAUGGGAGGAAACUCAGGUACGAGUUAUAUGGAGAGGGUGGAUGUAAUAUUAACUUUGUUGCCAAAUAUGGCCAGUGUGUGAAUAGUCGAGGAAAACAGAACAUUAUAAAUCAACAAAUCAAGGAUAAUGCUGAAAAUCUAGGUCUGUUGAUUAAAGAAACGUCUGAGACGAUUCCUAUAUCUGUCUUUUCCGAUGACGAUUGCACAAAUUUGGGACAAGUAACUGAAUUAUUUAAUGGGAUAGAAAAAGGCAUGAGUGCUGACGAUUCGCAUCUUUUCGUUAGAACCUAUGAAAGAGGAGUUGAAAACGAGACUCUUGCAUGCGGAACAGGAUGUGUUGCUGUCGCCAUUGCUGAUUACGUUAGACGCGCGGCGCAAGAAAACCACGUUAAUUAUACGGAUAAUUGCAAUCCUACAAAUACAAGCAAAGCUUGCGAACUGAAUUCACACAGUUAUUCGCAAUUAAAAAACACAGAAGAACGGCUCAGCAGAAAUAAAAACCAACUUCAAGAGAGAAGAAUCACAAUGCCAGGUGGUGACUUAAAGGUAACGUUUAGGGUAAACUAUUUCAAGAAAGCAGUGUGCAACCAGGCAACAGUAUUCACUGAUAUUACACUGUCCGGACCAGCACAGUUCGUAUUUGAUGGCGUCUAUACGAUUUGA